UGUAGCCAAUCAGAUUUCCCGGGGGCGGGCACGGCGGAGUGUCUCACUAGUUAAGGUGCUUGGCUCCAACAGGAGAGAGUCGACUUCAUGCCACAAAUGGGUUUGAAGCGUUAAAGCGGUCACUUUGGGGGAUUCGUUAUAGCGUUGUUUUUUUAUUUUUUUAUUUUUUUAUUUUUUUUUUACACAUUGGCCGUGAAGACCGUUUCAGAUUGCAGAUCCUGGCAGCCUUUUUUUCCCAUAUGUUUUCUUCAUAUAUCUUCAAACUGAGAGAUUUGUAGAUCUUUUUCUCUCCUUUGCAUUCACAAGCACAAAGCAGCACGUUUGAUGAAGGGAAGCCGUGUUAUGGAGCAAGAGAAAUAUCUGCCAGAGCUGAUGGCCGAGAAAGAUACCUUGGAUUCUUCUUUUGUGCAUGCAAUGCGCCUCCUGGCAGAAGAAAUUGAAAAGUAUGAGGGAGAAGAAGUGAAACAUGAGGACGCGGAGAAGAAAUACCUGGAUGUCAUCAGCAAUAAGAAUAUCAAAUUGUCGGAACGAGUCCUCAUUCCCGUCCAGCAGUAUCCAAAGUUUAAUUUUGUGGGGAAGCUGCUCGGACCCCGAGGGAACUCACUCAAGAGACUACAAGAAGAUACAGGAGCAAAAAUGUCCAUUUUGGGAAAAGGAUCAAUGAGGGAUAAAGCCAAGGAGGAGGAGCUUAGGAAAAGUGGGGACUCCAAAUACGGCCAUCUGAGUAACGACCUUCAUGUCUUAAUUGAAGUGUUUGCCCCGCCUGGAGAAGCCUACUCUCGAAUGAGUCAUGCGUUAGAGGAGAUCAAAAAGUUCCUCGUUCCGGAUUAUAAUGAUCAGAUUCGCCAGGAGCAGCUGAGGGAGCUGUCAUUUUUGAAUGGGUCAGAUGACACAAAUAGAGGAAGAGGCUCCCGCGGACGUGGAAUUCGACUUCCUCCGACAGCCGCAGCAAGGGGGCGUGGUGUAGCAGUGCCACCCCCUCCACCAGGAAGAGGAGCCGGGGUGCCAAGAGGAGUUCCGGUUAGUCGUGCAUCUGUGCCCGUGACCCCAGCUGCCCGGGGGAUGCCAGCCCCAAGAGCAAGAGGCACUCUAGCGGCCCCAGGAUACAGACCACCACCACCUCCGACUCCCCAUGAAGAAUACGACGACUAUGGAUACGAUGAUGGGUAUGAUGGCGGAUACGAUGACCAAGCCUAUGACUCUUAUGAUAACAAUUAUGGAAGCCAAACACAAAGCCCCCUUGAAUAUUACGAAUAUGGCCACGGUACAAGCGAAGACGCCUACAACAGUUACGCUGAAGAAGACUGGCCUUCUGCUCGCCCCAGCCUGAAGGCUCCACCGCCGAGGUUAUCCCGAGGGGGCUACAGAGAGCACCCCUAUGGUAGAUAUUAAAGGUGCACCUCGUCGGCGACUCCUGCUCAAAGACUACAUUAAUUUUCCUGUAUUCGACACUUAAUCGACAAUACAAGUAAUAGUCCAUUUCUAUUUUUUUUUUUGGUCCUUCCUUGCUCUUUUAACCCCUAGGGAUGUGUGCUGUUGGGUACACUGAACACAUCUUAUGUUACCUAUGGUGCCGCAGUGAAGUCAGCAUUAUUCUUUUUUUAUAACAUGGACUUAAAUAAAAAAUAACAAAAAAAAGGGAAAGACUAAAUCCUAAAAUGAAAGCACUUGGCAAGCUCUGUCAGUAAACCCACGCAUCGAGAUGCUGCUCUUUUGGUUUGUCAGACUUCUGUGUAUUUUUCAGUCAAGGAAAAAAAACAAAAAAAAAAACAACAAAACAAAACAAAAUGACAAAAAAAAAACAAAAGAAUUUCUAAAAAGCAUGCUGUUGUUACAGCUUUUAAGACUCUUGAGCCUUAGUGGAUCCUGGAACGCCGGAGAGAAGAGACUGUAACAGAGAGACGUAACCCAGCUGUAGAUAUAUGUCCUGCUAUAAUAAACUGUCUUCUUUAAUUUGUUAGUUAGUUUGACGAUGUUCAAUAGCUUUAGUUUGUAAAUUAAAACAUUUUAAAAAUGCUGUUUUAAUGGGGUGGAACGCAACCAGCUAUGUAUGUAGCUAACUAAGUGGUCUGUUCGGUGUUUUAACUUGUAUUUGUUUAUAAAAGAAAAGAAAAGAAAAAACAUUAAGCACCUAAAGUUCCUUGUGUAAGCUUCUUCUAAAUAGGUGACCAUAACUUGUCAAUUCUGUUUUGUCAUUAAAGCUGAAAUUUUUUUUAAAUUUGUAAAAUUAAAAAAAAAAGCAA